GGAACCCGGAUAUCGCCCGCGCUGUCGGCUUUCAGAGCCGCUCCGGAAGGGCGGGGCCCUGUGAGGGCAGCGAUCCCACGGUGGUUAGGGAGGGACUGGUGCUGAGGGACCCGCACCCUUGCCCCGCUCGGGGAGGAAAGCGAGUUUGGCCAGCCCGCGGGUGAAAGCGCCUUCACCAGUCCCAAAGGAAAGGGCGGGAUGGACGGGCCCCUAACUCCCAGGGAGUCCGCAAAAUUCAUUGCAGAAAAUAGUCGGGAUGUGUUCAUCGACGGCAGAGGCGUGCGGAGGGUGGCCGAGCUGCUGCUCGCCAAGGUCUCGGGGCCCGAGCUGCACCUGGGGGGCUGGAAGGCCCUUCACGAGCUGAAUCCCAGGGCGGCUGACGAGGCCGCGCUCAACUGGGUGUUCGUGGCAGACACGCUCAACUUCUCCUUCUGGUCGGAGCACGACGAGCGCAAAUGUCUCGUGGGGUACAGGGGGAAGACGUACAGUGGGUACUGGUCCCUGUGCGCCGCGGUCAACAGAGCCCUCGACGAAGGGAUACCUAUUACCAGUGCUUCCUACUAUGCCACAGUGACCCUGGAUCAGGUUCAGCACAUAUUCCGUUCUGACACGGACGUUCCCAUGCCUUUGAUCGAAGAGAGGCAUCGGAUUCUUAAUGAAACCGGGAAAAUUCUGCUUGAGAAGUUCGAAGGCUCUUUUCUUAAUUGCGUCCGAAAAAGUGAAAAAAGUGCACAGAAGUUAAUGCACCUGGUAGUUGAAAGCUUUCCUUCUUACAGAGAUGUGACUCAGUUUGAGGGGAAAAGAAUUUCUUUUUACAAACGGGCCCAAAUCCUCGUGGCAGAUACGUGGAGUGUGUUAGAGGGGAAAGGAGACGGCUGCUUUAAAGACAUCUCCAGUAUCACCAUGUUUGCCGACUAUAGAUUACCUCAGGUUCUUGUUCACCUGGGAGCACUGAACUACUCCAAGGAACUACUGGAAAAGCUUCUCAAAGGAGAAAUGCUCUCGUAUGGUGAUAGGCAAGAGGUGGAAAUCAGAGGGUGCUCACUUUGGUGUGUUGAACUGAUCCGGGAUUGCCUUCUGGAGCUUAUUGAAAAAAAGGGUGAAAAAACUAGCGGAGAGAUCAAUUCUGUUCUUCUGGAUUAUUACUUGUGGGACUACGCCCGUGACCACAGGGAAGAUAUGAAGGGAAUUCCCUUUCAUCACACGCGCUGCAUAUAUUAUUGAACCAAAGUAAACUUGCAUUUUUGUAUCACAUAAUCAUUUGCACAGUUUCGCCUUGAUAUUAAGAGAAGGUAGGAGUGCCUGGGUGGCUCAGUCGGUUAAGCAUCUGCCUUCGGCUCAGAUCAUGAUCCCAGAGUCCUGGUAUCGAGCCCCGUAUGGGGCUCUCUGCUCAGUAAGGAGUCUGUUUUUCCCUGUCCCACUCCCCCUGCUUGUGUUCCCUCUCUCGCAGUCAAAUAAAUAAAAUCUUUAGUAGACGUUACAGCAACAAGAAAAAUGAUUACCCAGUCUCACUUAGAAAAUUUUUCCUGACCUAUCACUCUGCAUUCCCAACUUUGUCCUUUGUCUGCUUGUUUAGUUUUGAUCGUAUUUUCCUUUUCUGUGGGCACAUGACAGGAAUAAUGAAGGAGCUGUGAUGCUCUCUUUAAAUCUCACAUCUCUUAAAAUUAAUCAUGCUUGGGGUGCCUGGGUGGCUCAGUCGUUAAGCGUCUGCCUUCGGCUCAGGUCAUGAUCCCAGGGUCCUGGGAUCGAGCCCCGCAUCGGGCUCCCUGCUCGGCGGGAAGCCUGCUUCUCCCUCUCCCACUCCCCCUGCUUGUGUUCCCUCUCUCGCUGUGUCUCUCUCUGUCAAAUAAAUAGAUAAAAUCUUUAAAAAAAAAAAUUAAUCAUGCUUUAUAAUGUGAUUAGUCAUCAGUGAUAAUAUUUCAUCCGUUCAAUUGGUGUCUUUUCUCAGGGUGUACUAAUUAUACUUUAAUCCUUUGAUAUGGGGGGGUAGGGUCUUUGCUGUCUGAAUGCUGCGGCUUUUGUAUAAAUCAAUCUUGACAGCUUAUUUUAAGCUUUUUAUUGGUAUUGACAGCGGGUUUUGCACAUAGUGAUUUUCAGUUUAGGAAAUCUAUCUAAUAUUCCUUUUUUUUUUCAGUGUAACUAUAUUGAAAUUGAAUAAAGGUUUUAAAAUUUUU